AUGCCACGAAGUUCACGAUUCCGUCUGGGUUGCCUGGUGCCACCACGGCUCUCGCGCUCACGUCCUGGCACCCUCUGUCCCCGAGUGCUGCCUUGCGUCGCCUUUACCUGCCGGAGAAAGCAGCCGGCGUCCGAGCGAGAGAUCCGUACAUGGCUGGCGACGGGUGUCCACAGCACGACGCGCGGUGAAGGUGUGGGCCCAGGAGCGGACGCUGGGGCCUGCAUACCCCCAGAUACCCCCUACCACCCCAGAUACCCCUACACCGCCAGAUACCCCUCCCCAGAUACCCCCUACCACCCCCAGAUACCCCAGAUACCCCCAGAUACCCUACCACCCACUAGCUACCCACCAGCUACCCCCCAGAUACCCCUUACCACCACCCCCCAGAUACCCCUUACCACCACCCCCAGAUACCCCCUAGAUACCCCCAGCUACCACCCCCCAGAUACCCCUACCACCCCCAGAUACCCCCUACCACCCCCCCAGAUACCCCCUAGACACCCCCAUCUUCCCCCCAGAUACCACCCCCUACCCCUACCACCCCAGAUACCCCCUAGACACCCCAACCCCUAG